AUGCCUUUAAGAGCAAAGGUCACAAACCCUGCUUUUGCGGGCAAGGCACAGAUGGCUACAGCCUCCGGCCAAGAAUCAUCAUCGAAACCGAAGUCAAAGGAAGAAGUGCAAAUCAUCAAGGAGCUGCCAGGGGACGACAAGGAAGAUGUGCUCUUUGAUACCUUAUUCGGCCUCCGAACGAUCGAACUCAAUCGGCCGAAGAAGCUGCACUCCCUAAAUGGCUCCAUGGUUCGGAAGAUUGUCCCCAGAUUACAAGAAUGGGCAAAGUCAGAUAUGGCGAAUGUGAUUGUCAUCAAAGGCGCAGGUCCAAAGGCAUUUUGCGCCGGUGGAGACGUCACAGCUCUCGCCGAGGACAAUAAGGCAAAUGGAGAAGCGGGCCAACAAAGGUCGGCCGACUAUUUCGCACUCGAAUACAAGCUCGAUCAUCUAAUUGCAACAUAUUCGAAACCUUAUGUCGCAUUUAUGGAUGGUAUCACAAUGGGCGGAGGAGUUGGAUUGAGUAUACACGCCCCAUUUCGAAUAGCUACAGAGAGGACCCUUUUUGCCAUGCCGGAAACAACGAUCGGAUUUUUCCCAGAUGUUGGAGCUUCGUUCUUUUUACCUCGGAUGCCCGGAGCUGUUGGCACAUAUCUCGCUUUGACGAGUGAGAAACUGAAGGGGGUCAACGUAUUUUAUGCUGGUGUUGCAACACACUACAUUCACUCGACUUCCUUGCCUGCCCUUGAACGCCGCCUGGCUGAACUCAGAUUCAGAGACUAUCUAUCGCUUGAUGAACGGUUGAAUCUCAUCGAUUCCACUAUUGAAGAAUUCUGUACUGGGUUACCAUAUGAUGAACCCAUGCUUAUCAGUGGCGAACUGCGGAAUGCUAUUGAUCGCUGUUUUAGCAAGAACAGCGUUCCUGAGAUAAUUGCCGCAUUGGAAGCCGAGGAAGGCGAAACGAAAGAAUGGGCAGAAAACACCCUUGCCACAUUGCACAAACGAUCCCCUACGAGUGUUUAUGUGACGCUCCGGCAAAUGCGCCUGGGUCGAAAUUGGUCAAUUGCAGAAACAUUUCAACGGGAGCACCAGAUCGCGGCCAAGUUCAUGCGCCAUCCUGAUUUCACCGAGGGAGUACAUGCCCUGCUGAUUCGGAAAGAUGGGAAACCCCAAUGGCAGCCUGCUUCACUCGAAGCCGUCAAGCCGGGGGAUAACAUCGCGGAUCCAUUUUUCAAGGUCGAGGGAUCACAGCGGCUACGCUUGUUGAACAACGAAGACUUCCGUGAGUAUCCUUCCAGACGGUUUGGCAUGCCACAGGAGGAUGACGUCCGAAGGCUUAUAAGCCAAGGACCAUGGAGCCAGAAGGGAGUAGUGGACUACUUUGUGAGGCAGAGACAUGGGAAGCAAGGAGUGAAGGAAGUGGUUCAGGAGAUCGUGAAGAGAAAAACAAAGAAAGAAGCUGGACACCUUCUCUGGAUUGAAGGCCCUACUCCAGAGUUGUAG